UUCCGCGCCACGAUGACUUCGAGAUCGCGCCACGUGUCCCUCCUCAUGGACGGAAACGACGAGAUCACGGACUCCUUCAACGGCGUGCCGUUCCGGUGGAGGCUGGUGUCCCGACUUGGCAAAUCGAAUUACGCGGUGCACUUCUUCGAGGUGCGGUUCCACAAGAAGCACCGGGAGAUGGUUCUGGCGGAGUAUUUUCCGCGCGUGAUGAAGGAGGCGGAUGCGGCGCGUGAGCGGAGGAAGACGCUGAGGCUGUUCACGGUGAAGGACAUGCGGUUUCGGAUGGGAGGGAGGGGGGAGUCGUGGCAGGGCGUGAAUCUUGAGCACCCUGCGACGUUUGCGACUGUGGCGAUGGAUUGGGAAUUGAAGGAGAUGAUAAUUAGGGAUUUGGAUAGGUUUGUGGAGAGAAAGGGUUUAUAUAAGAGUGUUGGGAAGGCGUGGAAGAGAGGGUACUUGCUUUCGGGUCCCCCUGGGACCGGGAAAUCGAGUUUGAUUGCUGCUAUGGCUAAUUAUCUGAAUUUCGAUGUCUAUGACUUGGAACUCGCUGCUGUUAAUGGAAAUUCUGACCUUAGGAGAUUGUUGAUUGCCACCGGGAAUCGUUCCAUUCUUGUUGUGGAGGACAUUGAUUGCUCCCUUCAUUUGCAGGAUAGGCUUGCAAAACCUAAACCUAAAUCAUCACAACCCCACCACUUCAUCCCGCACCAUUUUUCAGCACCCCAGGUGACAUUGUCGGGGUUCUUGAAUUUCAUAGAUGGGUUGUGGUCGAGUUGUGGGAAUGAGAGGAUCGUAGUGUUCACGACGAAUCAUAAGGAGAAAUUGGACCCUGCUCUCUUGCGUCCUGGGCGUAUGGAUGUGCACAUUGACAUGACUUACUGCACCCCAGGUGGGUUCAAAAUGCUGGCUUCCAAUUACCUUGGGAUCACGGAGCACCCACUUUUUGUUCAAAUUGAGAACUUGCUUGGGGUGAUCGAUGUCACUCCUGCGGAGGUAGGGGAGCAGUUUUUGCUGGAUGAAGACCCGGAUAUUGCACUCAACAGCCUCAUGGAGCUCCUUCUUGAGAAGAAACGAAAUCAUGAAUUGAAGAUGAAAGCACCUCUCACCUUUCAAUGAUGAUAUUUCUUUUUCUGAAUCCAGUUAAAUGAAGAUCAUAACAAACAGUUGGUGCAAUUAGACAUAUAACCUUAAUUUAUACAUAGAAACGACAAAAGUUGAGUGGGAAACUAUAAAUAAAAACAAUGUUCUAGGAUUAACCCGUCCAGUUCAUUU